AUUGUCCUAACCAGCGUGGGAUCAUAUAAGAGCCCAUCAAUGCUUGGCUGUGUCAGUGUGACUCAUCUCGCUCUGGAAAUUGUUUAGGAAUUACUAGCUUGUAUGCAUACAUAUUGCAGGCUUUUGAAAAUGAAGUCGACGUGGAUGAUGCUCCUCCUCGGGAGUUCUUUAGCGGGGACCUGCUCAGGGUGGACGUAUCACCACUCCAGCACCACCAUGAACUGGAGCCAGGCCCGGCAGUGGUGCAGGAACACCUACACGGACAUGGUGGUCAUCCAGAACCAGGACGAGAACGACAAGCUGGUCUCCGUCUUGCCAAACAAGACCUCUAGCCCGUACUACUGGCUGGGACUCACCAGGACGCGGGAGGACUGGACCUGGGUGGGGAACAACAGCACGUGGAUGGGCGAGGAGUCCUGGGCGGAGAACGAGCCCAACAACAACAAGAGCGUGACGGUCUGCGUGGAGAUCUACGUCAACAACGGGGACAACCGAGGGAAGUGGAACGACGAGAAGUGCCGGCAGAAGAAAUACGCCGUGUGCUACCAAGCUCAGUGCAAUGACACAAUAUGUGGACCAGGGCGAUGUCGGGAAGUCGCCAACAACUUCACCUGUUUGUGUGACGCUGACCUGCAGGGAAACACAAGUCACACAGCUGAACAGACUCCUAAUGAUACCGUGUUGGCUGGGACUUCUUUUCCUUCAACCUCUCAGUCUGAACAGACUCCUAAAGAUACCGUGUUGGCUGGGACUUCUUUUCCUUCAACCUCUCAGUCUGUGCACUGCACCCACCUGUCGCACCCGGACGGAUACCUCAGCUGCGCAGAAGGGAAUCACACCGUCAACUCCACCUGUCGGUUCAAAUGUCACCGAGGCUUCCUGAUGAUCGGCUCGCCAGAAGUCACCUGUGGGGCGACGGGGGUUUGGAGCAGCCCCGGGCCAACUUGUGCACGUUACAAAACCAUCCUGAUGGCUCUCACAGGUUUCUGCGCUUUCACCGUUUGCUGCUGCUUCUGCAUUUGUGGCCUCAUGAACAGAAGGAGGAAGCCUAGCAAAGUGAGGUUGACAGAGGAAGCGACAAGACCGCCAAGUGAGCUGAAGACAUGACAAGCCAUUUUUUGAAUACAAAACCCAAAACCAGUGAAGUUGGCACGUUGUGUUAAUGGUAAAUAAAAAGAGA